AUGACAUUCAUUACGGAAGACAAACCCGCCAAGCCGGAACCGUUCUGCUCGUUCUGCCUGCGGGAACGUCCUCAGAACGUCGAGUUCUACAAGCACGUCAUCGGAGCCUCGGAGGAGAUGCGCAACUCGCUGCAAUCGAUGCUGGGCUACGACUUCAACCUGGCGAACUUUGCCAUCUGCAAGCCCUGCUGGAAGGUGAUCCAGCUCAUCCAGGACUUUCGGCUGCGAUGCUUCAAGGCGAACGAGGUCGUGCAGCGAAUGACGAAGGGGUUGAGCAACGACGUCGACGACGGAUGGUUCUCGGCGAAGAACCUGGCGACGAUCGAGAGCGUUAGGAUGGGCGUUCAGGAUCAGAUGCGCCACAUCGAGAAGAUCAACGUUACGAGGAGGACGCUGCUGUUGGACGAUUCUACGGAAGAAAUCGAAGAUCAUCAAUCUUCGAUUGAAGAAGAGUCAAUCGAAUCGGAAAUAACUAUUGGUGAAACAAAGAUCGAAUCUUCUGAUGACAACGUCGUUACACCAGUCAACACUGAAUCCACCCACCAGUGCACCAUCUGCUUCGAGCGCCUUCCAUCCCUUGUUGCCCUGAGUGAUCACCUCCUGAAGCACCCCACCAGCGAUUCGGUAAAGUGUAAAAUGUUUUGCGACAUGCGUUUUACCAGUUGCGAAGCCAGGGCUCAACAUUCGCGAGUUUGCGCCGAUAGGCCGCGAACGUGUACGGUUUGUGGCAUGGUAUUUCCCAACAGGGAUAUGGUGCGCCUCCACUGCAAGGAAGCCCACCCGGAUGAGAGCUCUUUUGCGUGUGGGACGUGUGGUAAACGCUUCCGGCGGAAGGGCACCCAGCUAACUCACGAACGGAUUGCGCACACCGAAUAUCGGCGGAUUUAUCCGUGCGCAGUGUGUGGCAAGAUGUUUGGAUACCAGGAGCAAGCUCGAGCACAUGCUCAUCAGAUGCAUUCGAUUGUCUCUAGGGGUAGUGUUUUGGAAGAAUAG